AUGGCGAGGUUCUCAGCUGUCGCAGUGCUUGCUUUGAUUGUGUUUCUGUUCACGUACUUCAGCGGCUUCAGCGCCUGUGCGUUUCCUUCCUUACCGAUUUUGGAGACAAGAAAGGUUGUGUCGGAGAGUGUGUCAAACUCUCUUUCAAUCGCAGAGAGUUUUGGAUUCUUUGAAGAAUCCGAUUCCCGAUGGUUUCUCCGGAAAUUGAUUCAUUCCCACCAAGCUGCUGCUGAGCGAAGCUGCCAAGCAGAAUGUUUCCACUUGGGAGAGGGUCCGUGCGUCGGGCGGAAAUGGUGGCAGCUUCAUUUGGAGCCUUCGUUCAGCUGUUCCUUUGAACGCAGAAUUGGACCCAUUGGGGCCUUUGGCAAAUGGGUGUGCAAUCCACAUCAAGUCGGUCAAGUCCGUGACGGUUGUUUGGUGUAUUCGUUCAGAGGUGUUGCCAACACCUUUGAGUUUGAAACAGCUUUGCGCAACGAAAGGAGACAUUGUGAGAUCCAUGUCUUCGGCAACGCGUCGCAAGUUGUACCACCGCCCUUCAUUCAGUACCAUGUCAAACAAGUUGGUGGUGUCGCUCCUUUGGUUGACAUCAACCAGAUAGCCAAGGAACUUGGCCACACAGGCAGGAACAUCGACAUUUUGAAUAUUGAUUGCCAUGGAUGUGAAUGGGAUCGGGCCCAAUACUCUGGCUGGUUUCAUGACGACGUUUUUGUGCGUCAACUGCUGGUCAGACUCACGUGGCCUUUUGAUUACGAGGCUCACGGACUGCAUCCCGGCCUGGGAGAUUACCUCACAACACCUAAAGACCCACCGCCUGAAAUUCCAGCUUUUCUUUUGUUCUUGCAAAGCAAAGGGUUCGUUGUAACCCACAAGGAGUUUGACACUGCGCGGUGCGGUGGGAAUUGCGUCGAAAUGACAUUCUUGCGACUUCACGAUGAUUUUGCACGUUCAUUUCUUGCGUUGCCGACCCGAGCCUGCUGGGACAGCCGCGGUCCGGUUGCGCAAGAAAUGCUAAAUGGCACCUUUCGUCGCUUCCAAGUCGUGAAAGAGAGCCUCUCUUGGAAAGAAAGCUUUGGCUACAUCGGCGAAAGUGAUGUUGAUUGGCAGAGGCGAAAGCAGAUUCACAAAGAGGCCAUGGAUCUUCAGUUGAAAAUCUCUCAGGUACUACAACGCUAUGAGACUUCGCAUUUCGAUCCUGGAGACUUUUUCUAUUACAACCCACUUUCACUUGCGACUUCGUCCGAAGGCUAG